UUUAAUUCCCUGCACUGUGAUAGGAGAAGCCAGGGCUGGGACCUGUGGGAGCUGGAGGGGGCCCCAGCACUGGGAGCUUGCAGCCCAUCGCAAGGAGGAGGGUCUGUGCCCACUGGCUUCCCAGAUCCCAGAGCCGGGGUCCUGCCGCCCACCAGCCCAGCCUGGGCUGCGUGACUGGCUCACAGCCUGAGCCAGGCCCCAAGCAGAGCUGCGGGCAGCCUGGCUGGGCAGCAGGAGGCCAGCAGCCCCCCAUGGACCGCCAUGAGGAUGGAAGAUGAGGAGGCACCCGGGGGCCAGGAAGGCUCCUCCACAGCAGAGGCCCCAGAAUUGCCAGCCCAGGAGGUCCCCGUGCAGCAGGAAGACAGGGAGGGGGGCGGCGCAUCCUGGAAGAAGCAGACAGCAAAUAUCCGCAAGACCUUCACCUUCAUGGAGGUGCUGGGCUCAGGGGCCUUCUCAGAGGUCUUCCUGGUGAGGCAGCGGGUGACUGGGAAGCUCUUUGCCCUGAAAUGCAUCAAGAAGUCUCCGGCCUUCCGUGACAGCAACCUGGAGAAUGAGAUCGCGGUGCUGAGGAGGAUCAAGCAUGAGAACAUUGUGACACUGGAGGACAUUUACGAGAGCUCCACACACUACUACCUGGUCAUGCAGCUGGUCUCGGGCGGGGAGCUCUUCGACCGUAUCCUGGAGCGCGGUGUGUACACGGAGCACGAUGCCAGCCUGGUGAUCCGCCAGGUGCUGUCCGCUGUCCAGUACCUACACGAGAACGGCAUUGUGCACCGGGACCUGAAGCCUGAGAACCUGCUGUACCUUACCCCUGAGGAGAACUCCAGGAUUAUGAUCACGGACUUCGGCCUAUCCAAGAUGGAGCAGAGUGGGGUCAUGUCCACUGCCUGUGGCACCCCCGGCUACGUGGCCCCAGAAGUGCUGGCCCAGAAGCCUUACAGCAAAGCAGUGGACUGCUGGUCCAUUGGAGUCAUCACCUACAUCCUGCUGUGUGGGUACCCCCCUUUCUACGAGGAAACUGAAUCCAAGCUCUUCGAGAAGAUCAAGGAGGGCUACUACGAGUUCGAGUCACCUUUCUGGGAUGAUAUUUCUGAGUCAGCUAAGGACUUCAUCUGCCACCUUCUGGAGAAGGACCCAGAGGAGCGGUACACGUGUGACAAGGCCCUGCGGCACCCCUGCAGGAUUGACGGAAACACAGCCCUGCUCAGGGACAUCUACCCCUCUGUCAGCCUCCAGAUCCAGAAGAACUUUGCCAAGAGCAAGUGGAGGCAAGCCUUCAACGCCGCGGCGGUGGUACACCACAUGCGGAAGCUGCAGCGGACCCUGCACAGCCCGGGCCUCCCUGCGCUGGACUCGCGGCCUCCCGCCGUCCCCGCGUCGGGCCGUGGCUCCCCCGAGAUCUCCGUCACGCAGGCUCCCUCCCCGGCCUGCAGCAGCGCCGCCCGCCCCAACCCAGCCCGGACGCACUGCCCGCACCGGGGUCGCUCCCACGGCCGGUCCCUAGGCUGCCUGGUCAGCGGCUCGAUCCGCAUCAGCAGCAGCCUGGUGCCCAUGCGGCAUGGGCCCCUCGCCACUGCGCCCUGCGGCUGCUGCACCAGCUGCCUGGGUGUGGGCAGCAAAGGCCCCUCAGCUUACGGCUCGGAGCCCGCACUCCUGCGGAAAACCAAGAAACAGAACUUCAAAUCUGAAGUCACCGCGCCUGUGAAGACUGGUGCCCACUACAGGGUGGGGCCUGCGGGGGUAUGUGUGAUCAUGUGACGCAGUGACUGUCAGGUGACGCUCUGGUGGAGGGGGCCAGGACAGGGCUGCCCAGACCCUCCUCUGCAGACCACCAGCCGCUUCUCUGUUCUCCCAGACAGGCAGGAGGAUAUGGGGGCUCCUCGGGCCAAAGGCACACAGCACCCCAGGGCCCCCAACCUGCCACUCUGCGCCCCUUGCCCUGCCCCAGGCCACUGCCACCAGGUCUGUGUCAUUGACUGUGAGAAGCUCACAGCUAACCAGGUGUGUCCCUGCUGUUGGCAAAGCCAUAUGGAGUCACUGCUGCCCAGGCUCACCCUGUCCCUGCCACCUGCCUCAUGCCCAGCAUCCCUGGGCACUACCUACAGUCCCCGCUCCAACCCAGGUCAGCUCCUGGCACUGUGGGACCCUUCACCCUCCCUCCAACACAGCAGCACCUCCUGCCAAGAAGACACCCCAACUCCUGACCAGGAGCCCCUCAGAGCCCCCACUCCCAUCCCGCUGGGUGAGACCCUCCGCCUCCUGCAGUCAGUGUUGUAGUCAAUAAAGUGGACUUAUUUUCUCUA